UGUCUAAGCCCUUCUGAAUGGCUGGUAGUUGGUUACCCUGAUUGUACCUCUACCUCCCCUCCCCCUCCACGUGACGACCCAGGACACAUGCGCACCCGACGCAGCCCGGCACAUCUGCAGACUGACGUCAGUGUGCUCUGCCUCCGAGGAAAAGCUGCCAAAAUUUUCUCCUGCUGCAAUUCAAGUUGGCUGGGGGCCGGUAGUGAGAUCUAGGGCUACUUCAACAAAACUUUGCUGCCCUUCCUGCUCCUCUUGUCUUCUUUUCUCUUGAUACCCUUUGAUGCUCUUCACAUGUUAUUUGCAUAGCAAAGGCACUGAGCUGUCCAGGAAGAGAGGGCACCACUUCCACCCCCAAUAAGCCUUUUUUUCCCCUUCCUUCUUUCUUUUUUUCCUUUCCUUUUUUUUUUUUUUUUGCAGAGGGGGGGUCGAGAGAGAAAGGGGAUUUGCAAAGGCAGCAUCUCUGGAUGGUAGCCUGGUGGCAUCUCUUUUAUUGCCAAAUCGCAAAGUCCGUCUCUAAAGCCCGGUUUAGCCAGACUAUAGGGUUUUAUUCUGGCUGCAGAAUAAGUAACUGACUGCUGUGGCUUUGCAAAGGGGGGCAGAAAAAAAGAGAGAGAGAGAGAGAGAGGGGAGAGAGUACGUGAGUCGUCCAGUGCAAUCUCUAUUGUUUGAAACUUACUUUUUAUCAGAAUUUGAAGAUGAAAACGGUUAAAAAAUGGCCAUACCUUAGUAACUAAUCAGUCAAAUGCUUUGCUUGUGAAAAUUUUACCAUCAUUCUUUUGUUUCCUUUUGGAUUGAAAAAAUGAAUCCAAAUACAGAAGAAAGUAUGGGAUGUUGGAAAAAAGUACCUGUUGAACAGUGGAACAUCUAAGAAUUAAUUUGCAAGAAAUUUUACAGAAAUAAAAUUGUUAUGCUUCGAUUUUGGUAUGGUAUUGACUCUCUAGCACAUAGGUAGCCCUCCAAAAAAAUCAUCUAGUUUUCUAAAUUAUGGAAAUUUUGUGGAAGACGUUGACCUGGAUUUUGAGCCUUAUCAUGGCUUCAUCGGAAUUUCAUAGUGACCACAGGCUUUCAUACAGUUCUCAAGAGGAAUUCCUGACUUAUCUAGAACACUACCAGCUAACUAUUCCAAUAAGGGUUGAUCAAAAUGGAGCUUUUCUCAGCUUUACUGUGAAAAAUGAUAAACACUCCAGGAGAAGACGGAGUAUGGACCCUAUCGAUCCACAGCAGGCAGUAUCUAAGUUAUUUUUUAAACUUUCAGCCUAUGGCAAGCACUUUCACCUAAACUUGACUCUCAACACAGAUUUUGUGUCCAAACAUUUUACAGUAGAAUAUUGGGGGAAAGAUGGACCCCAGUGGAAACAUGAUUUUUUAGACAACUGUCAUUACACAGGAUAUUUGCAAGAUCAACGUAGUACAACUAAAGUGGCUUUAAGCAACUGUAUUGGGUUGCAUGGCGUUAUUGCUACAGAAGAUGAAGAAUAUUUUAUUGAACCAUUAAAGAAUACCACAGAGGAUUCCACACAUUUUAGUUAUGAAAAUGGUCAUCCUCAUGUUAUUUACAAAAAGUCUACCCUCCAGCAACGACAUCUGUAUGAUCACUCUCAUUGUGGGGUUUCAGACCUCAUAAGAAGUGGCAAACCUUGGUGGCUGAAUGACACAUCUACUUUUCCUUCUUCACUACCAAUUAAUGGCACGCAUAUCCGCCACAGACAGAAGAGAUCAGUAAGCAUUGAGCGGUUUGUGGAGACAUUGGUAGUGGCAGACAAAAUGAUGGUGGGCUACCAUGGCCGCAAAGACAUUGAACAUUACAUUUUGAGUGUGAUGAAUAUUGUUGCCAAACUUUACCGUGAUUCCAGCCUAGGAAACGUUGUGAAUAUUAUAGUGGCCCGCUUAAUUGUUCUUACAGAAGAUCAGCCAAACUUGGAGAUAAACCACCAUGCAGACAAGUCCCUCGAUAGCUUCUGUAAAUGGCAGAAAUCCAUUCUCUCUCACCAAAGUGAUGGAAACACCAUUCCAGAAAAUGGGAUUGCCCACCACGAUAAUGCUGUUCUUAUUACUAGAUAUGAUAUCUGCACUUAUAAAAAUAAGCCCUGUGGAACAUUGGGCUUGGCCUCUGUGGCUGGAAUGUGUGAGCCUGAAAGGAGCUGCAGCAUUAAUGAAGACAUUGGCCUGGGUUCAGCUUUUACCAUUGCACAUGAGAUUGGUCACAAUUUUGGUAUGAACCAUGAUGGAAUUGGAAAUUCUUGUGGGACGAAAGGUCAUGAAGCAGCAAAACUUAUGGCAGCUCACAUUACUGCAAAUACCAAUCCUUUUUCCUGGUCUGCCUGCAGUCGAGACUAUAUCACCAGCUUUCUAGAUUCAGGCCGUGGUACUUGCCUUGAUAAUGAGCCUCCCAAGCGUGACUUUCUUUAUCCAGCUGUGGCCCCAGGUCAGGUGUAUGAUGCUGAUGAGCAAUGCCGUUUCCAAUAUGGAGCAACAUCCCGCCAAUGUAAAUAUGGGGAAGUGUGUAGAGAGCUCUGGUGUCUCAGCAAAAGCAACCGUUGUGUCACCAACAGUAUUCCUGCAGCUGAAGGAACACUCUGUCAAACUGGGAAUAUUGAAAAGGGGUGGUGUUAUCAGGGAGAUUGUGUUCCUUUUGGCACUUGGCCCCAGAGCAUAGAUGGGGGCUGGGGUCCCUGGUCACUAUGGGGAGAGUGCAGCAGGACCUGCGGGGGAGGCGUCUCCUCAUCCCUAAGACACUGUGACAGUCCAGCACCUUCAGGAGGUGGAAAAUAUUGCCUUGGGGAAAGGAAACGGUAUCGCUCCUGUAACACAGAUCCAUGUCCUUUGGGGGCCCGAGAUUUUCGAGAGAAACAGUGUGCAGACUUUGACAAUAUGCCUUUCCGUGGAAAGUAUUAUAACUGGAAACCCUAUACUGGAGGUGGGGUAAAACCUUGUGCAUUAAAUUGCUUGGCUGAAGGUUACAACUUCUACACUGAACGUGCCCCUGCAGUGAUUGAUGGGACUCAGUGCAAUGCGGACUCUCUGGAUAUCUGUAUCAAUGGGGAAUGCAAGCAUGUAGGUUGUGAUAAUAUUUUGGGAUCUGAUGCUAGGGAAGAUAGAUGUCGAGUCUGUGGAGGAGAUGGAAGCACAUGUGAUGCCAUCGAAGGGUUCUUCAAUGAUUCGCUGCCCAGAGGAGGCUACAUGGAAGUAGUUCAGAUACCAAGAGGCUCUGUUCAUAUUGAAGUCAGAGAAGUUGCCAUGUCGAAGAACUAUAUUGCUUUGAAAUCUGAAGGAGAUGAUUACUAUAUUAAUGGUGCCUGGACUAUUGACUGGCCUCGGAAGUUUGAUGUUGCUGGGACUGCUAUUCACUACAAGAGACCAACUGAUGAACCAGAAUCUUUGGAAGCUCUAGGUCCCACCUCAGAAAAUCUCAUUGUCAUGGUUCUGCUUCAGGAACAGAAUUUGGGAAUUAGGUAUAAAUUCAACGUUCCCAUCACUCGGACCGGCAGUGGAGACAAUGAAGUUGGCUUUUCAUGGAAUCAUCAGCCUUGGUCAGAAUGCUCAACUACUUGUGCUGGAGGUGUUCAAAGACAGGAGGUGGUCUGUAAAAGAUUGGAUGACAACUCUAUUGUCCAGAACAAUUACUGUGACCCAGACAGUAAGCCACCUGAAAAUCAAAGAGCCUGCAACACUGAGCCCUGCCCACCUGAGUGGUUCAUUGGGGAUUGGUUGGAGUGUAGCAAGACUUGUGACGGUGGAAUGCGCACCAGGGCAGUGCUCUGCAUCAGGAAGAUUGGACCUUCUGAGGAGGAGACACUGGACUACAGCGGUUGUUUAACACACCGGCCUAUUGAAAAAGAGCCCUGCAACAACCAGUCUUGUCCACCUCAGUGGGUGGCUUUGGACUGGUCAGAAUGUACUCCCAAAUGUGGUCCAGGAUUCAAGCAUCGGAUUGUUCUGUGCAAGAGCAGUGACCUCUCUAAAACAUUCCCAGCUGCGCAGUGUCCAGAAGAGAGCAAACCCCCUGUCCGUAUCCGCUGCAGUUUGGGCCGCUGCCCUCCUCCUCGCUGGGUGACUGGAGACUGGGGCCAGUGUUCUGCUCAGUGUGGCCUUGGCCAGCAGAUGAGGACUGUGCAGUGUCUCUCCUACACUGGACAGGCAUCUGUUGACUGUCCAGAAACUGUUCGACCUCCAUCAAUGCAGCAGUGUGAAAGCAAAUGUGACAGUACCCCUAUUUCCAAUACUGAAGAGUGCAAAGAUGUGAACAAAGUGGCUUAUUGCCCACUGGUGCUGAAGUUCAAGUUCUGUAGUCGAGCAUACUUCAGACAGAUGUGUUGUAAGACCUGCCAAGGACACUGACCCACCAAAAGCCAGAGAGAGCGUCUUGUCAUUUCAUCGUGGAAAUGCGUCCAUCAAAGAGAGUCACCCAGAGGAAGAGGAUUGAUGUCCUUGCAAAUGCAUUACCCUGUGGAAAACGUAACCACUGGUCAGCCCUAGCUGACAGGAUUUCAAUAUUAUUUUAACUUCUGUGAAGUGGGAUUUAUUGAUCCAAAGUGCUGGACACGGUAUUAAGGAGGGAAUGCCAGAUCGGAGAGAUCCAAACAACACAGGGAGACUUGCUUACUAUGGAACGUCUGUGUUCUUUCGAGUAAAUCCAAUAGCCUAUUUACCUCCUUGGACCAUUAAGAUAAUUUUUAUUAUGGACUUAGCAAUGACACUGAAUCCAUUUGUAUUUAAAACUGUUUAAAAUGUAGCUGUUAUGACUUGGUCAACUAUGGAAGUAAAAGAAGAUUCAGAAAUCUUAAGUCAUAGCUUAAAAAUAUUUACUAUACUUUAUCUCACUACAACAGCACCACAACUGAAAUUCUAAAAUGGGCUUUUAACUGUAAUUUAAGGAGCAAUUAUAAAUCAAAAGUAAUGAAAGUUCGUAUGAUUUUUCUUCAUUCCACUUAAUUUCCUUAGGAAUAACCCCCCUGUUCUGAACACUGCUGUGAGCCAUAUAUAAACUAUAUUAAACCGAACAACAGUGAAGGAAUUAGCUGAAGGCAGUGCAUCAGUUACUGCAGCUGUGCGAGUCUAUAAAUCCUGUGCUAAAAGACUGUGGCCAACUUGCCAUUGUGCAAGUGAAGCUGAGAUUUCCAUUAAAACUUUAAGAGAAAAACAUUUCGAUUUCAUGCAGAAGCCAGACCAGGGGUAUGGUAGAGACCGAAGAAACAGGCCCUUUGCUGCCAUCACACAGGAUGCCUCAGUUCUUCUUUGGGUCACCCCAACUCAGUUGUGUUGACAUCCUCACCGGCCACAGAACAGCUUCUGCCCCAUUGGACUGUUGCACGCGUGUUGAGCUUACUGAAAUGAUGCCGUGCAAAAGAUAGACUGGCUCAGUAACAACCAGGCAGACCCUUUUGCUGACAAUUGUGAUGGGUUCCAGAUGUCCCUUCUUUGAUAUGGCAGAAGGGCAUUUAUUUAUAUGAAAGCAAGUGUGUGUGUGUGCGGGCGCUUUUGAGUGUGUGGGUUAGAUGAGUGUGCUUGCACAUAAAUGUGCUAUUUCUGUGAGUUUUAAAGUAGGCAAGGGAUAACAACCAAAGAAGAAAAACUCAUGAAGCCUAAAGAUCAUAAAGCAUAAUUUUAAUAGUCACUCAACCAUUUUGUAUUUUUUAUGGAUACUCUGAAUGGCAAUCAAAUGUGAAACCAAGUUUCUUGGGCAAGUCAAAUUCUAGAAUCAAAUCCAGAAUCCUAAAUUAAAUCAGCUAGCUCAUAUUUUUCCUAUCCACAAGUAAUUUCGUGUCAUGGCCAUCAAAAGCUUCAACGGUGGGAUUAAAAGAAAAGGAAAAAAAAGAGGGUACUUAUUUGUAUUUUGUAUUUGAACACUUGUAGCUUGCAGCAGGUUCUUGAUGAAUGUGCUUUGUAUCCUACAGGUGUGUACACCGUGCUACACCGACACCUCAAACUCCAACCAAAUGGCUACUUUGUAAAGAUACUACUUGCAGUAAAGAGUAUGUUUGACUUAAA